CAGAGAUGUCUGGAAUUUCUCAAGGUCGUUUGUGCGAGGAGCGCAAGGCCUGGCGCAAGAAUCACCCUUUUGGGUUUGUCGCACGGCCCUCUAAGAAUGCAAAUGGCACCCUAAAUCUACUCAUUUGGGAGUGCGCCAUUCCCGGCAAGGCUGGCACCAUCUGGGAGGGGGGCCUGUACAAGCUUCGCAUGAUCUUCAAAGACGACUAUCCAAGUGCACCGCCCAAGUGCCAAUUCGUGCCGCCGCUCUUUCACCCAAAUGUCUAUCCAUCGGGCACUGUGUGCCUGUCGCUGCUUGAUGAGGCCAAGGACUGGCGCCCGGCCAUGACCAUUUGUCACAUUCUGUUGGGUAUCCAAGAGCUGUUGGAUGAGCCAAACAUCAAUGAUCCAGCCCAAGCCGAGGCAUAUAACAUUUAUACUCGGGAUAUUCUGGAGUACGAGCAGCGCGUACGCGCACAGGCUCGUGCCAUGAAGCCUGGAAUCUCAGAAUAAAUAUAAAA